AUGGUCGUGCUAUUCGCCGAUGAUUUCGAGCCCGAACCAGCUAGCUACAACUUUGGUUUCAAGAAUUCCUACUCGAAGAAGCAUUGCUUGAUUCCUCUUCAGGAGCUACUGAAAUCAUCUGCUUUUCUAGUUGAUGAUAGCUGUGUUUUUGGUGUGGAGAUACUAAAAAUUGAUGUCUCUUCUCCUGAAAAGAAGGCUGUUGUGGUUCAUAAGAAGGCUACCACAGUUCAGAAUAUCUUUGUCCAGAAGAAGGGGUUCAUUACAGGGACAUACACUUGGACCAUGAACAAUUUCCUUGAAUUGGACUUGCAGCACUUCGUCCGUUCUCCUACAUUUGAAGUUGGCGGGCAUAAAUGGUACGUCGGUAUGUAUCCACGUGGUAACAAGUACAGCACUGAUUGUGUCAGCUUGUACUUAUACCUGGAUGCCACGGAGGAGCUCCAUCUCGAGUCCAAGAAGGUGGUUCUAAUGACUCUGUCCAUCCUGGAUCAAAAGAAUGGGAAACACUUGAGUGCAACUUCAGGUCUCUUGGUGUUUGCGGAUACACACAGCAGUUGGGGGUGGCCUGAUUUCCUUGGACUCAAGAAACUCAAGGACCCGUCGGGAGGCUAUGUUGUGGGAUCGAGCUGUGUUGUGAAGGCAGAUCUAACCAUCGUUGGUUCAUCCAAUGAUAGCUAGAUCUUUACCUCAUGGCCUGAAGAAUAGACAAAUGGGCCUUGGUCGUAGCAGUUAUAUACUAGAAAUGGUGUUGUGAACUUGUUUGAUGUUCUUAUGCUCACAAGGAGUCCAGUUCAGGAUGUAAGUGGACAAGUCGUUGGACGCUUCGUGACUUGCCGCGCCAGUCCACCAGC